AUGUCAAAUCCUUCCUUCCCUUUUGACGAGAAUUAUUCGGAUGACAACUUCCCUCUCUAUAAAUUAGUUGAUGACCGGUCUGCGAAUUUUAACGGAUUCUUCUCAUCAGACAAUUUCGGAGGAGGACUUGACGGUCUCUGGUCUGGCAACAACUUCCAACCCGAGAGUCCCAACGUGGACGUAGCCUCCUUUCCGGCGUCCAAUGACCUUCAGUCCUUAUCCGAGUUCACGGCGUUCGAUGACGCACACUUCAAUGCAGUGUCCACAGUUAUCGAGUCUCUUCAGAUACCGGCAGUUACUGCCACUGAGGAUCCUGAGAGAUCAUCGGUGCCUGCAACCUCGCUUCACCGGUCAAAAGAGAAAUCUCGACAGUUGGAUACAGAAGGUACAGAUGAUAAACAAGCAACAAUAGGCGCAACUGUGGAAACAGGCAACGCGUUGUCUACCGAAGAAGUUGUGAGAAUCGCGGCAGCCAAUUUCAUUCAACUGUCUGCUCUUGUAUCAGGAGACCCUCGCAAGCUUGGGCUUCCGUUUGGGUUAUCGUACUCAAACCUUACUAGUGAUGAGAUCAAGAACGUCGAUCUUGUCUGCCUUCUCAUGACCGCAGCAGAUAAAUUGAGCAAGCAACAGUUUGACAGGGCAGAAGAUUUAGUGAGACGAUGUCACGUGACGUCAUCCCGUACAGGGAAUCCAGUGCAGAGAGUCGUCCACUGCUUCGCUGAUGCCCUCCAGGAGAGAAUCGAUCGAGAAACCGGGAAAAUACCCUCGAAAGGUUCGAAAGGAGCGGAGAUCACGACGGGUGAAGAUGUGAUGAAGGCGAUUCUGACUAACCACUCGGUGCAUCUGAUUGUCAAUAGCACGUUGCCGUUCACUCAGGUCUCACAAUUCACGGCAGUCCAAGCCGUCUUAGACAGCAUGUCCACAGCGAAGAAGAUCCACUUGAUUGAUCUCUCGAUCAAGCAUGGGCUCCAGUGGGCAAUCUUGAUGCAAGCACUAGCCACGAGGGAAACAUGUCCGAUCGAUUCUUUAAAAAUAACCGCGGUAGGAGCUUUGGAUGAGGUGGUCACGAUCAUCGGCAAGAGGCUUUCAAGCUUUGCUGAAAGCUUAAACCUGCCAUUCGAAUUCAGGACGGUGAUUGUUGCAGACCUGAAGGACCUGACAGUGGAUAUGUUUGAUCUCGAGGGAGGGGAGGAGCUAGGAAUCUGGUCCGAUUUGGUGAUGAACAGCAUGCUUGUGAACCCCGAGGGGCUCGAGAAACUAAUGAGUGUUAUCUGCAAGCUCAAUCCACGCGUAAUGGCGGUCCUAGACGUCGAGGCCGGGCUCAACUCGCGCUCAUUCAUCAACCGUUUCACUGAAGCCUUAUUCUACUUCAGCGCUUUCUUCGACUGCCUCGACGACUUAAUGGAGCCAAGUGACAGGAGCAGGAUGAUGAUCGAGGGAGACUUCUUUUCGCAAGGAAUCAAGUGCAUCCUUGCUGCUGAAGGAAGCCAGAGAGUUAUUCGGCAAGUUGGGAUAAGGGUAUGGAGAUCAUUCUUUGCGAGGUUUGGGCUCAUAGAGACUGAGUUGAGUGAGUCCUCGUUGUACCAAGCGCGCCUUAUUCUAAAGAAAUUUGUCAAAGAUGAUUCAUGUACUGUACAGAGAAAUGGAAAUGCCUUGCUGACCUUGUGGAAAGGUACACCACUGCACUUUGUUUCAGCAUGGAAAUUUCGGCAUUAG